UGACGCGUUGUAUGGCGCCGCAUGCAGAUGUCGAGAGUUUGGUUAUGUUCUCUCUCGACUUUGCACGAAUCUAAAUAAUUUUUUUUUAGUUUCGUCCACGAAUUGAUCAGUGAAAAUGAGCUGGAAAAUCCCAAAACCGCUUGUUUACACUUCCGUGGUGGCGACUACCGCCGGCGUGGCGUAUCUGACGAAGGAUUAUUUAGGAGGUCCGAAAUAUGAAGGAAAAGAGGAUCUAGUUGAUAAAGUAGCCAUUGUGACAGGAGCCAAUUCCGGUAUUGGGAGGGAGACAGUCUUAGAAUUAGCCAAACGUAAUGCAAGAAUUAUUAUGGCAUGCAGGGACAUGAAAAAAUGUGAAACGGAACGCCGAAUGAUUGUACUCGAAACGAGGAACAAAUACAUUUAUUGUAGGAAGUGUGACUUAGCAUCGCAAGAAAGUAUAAGGAAAUUUGUUACACAAUUUAAAAAAGAGUAUGACAAACUUCACAUACUUAUUAAUAAUGCCGGCGUGAUGAGAUGCCCAAAGAGUCACACUAAAGAAGGCAUCGAGAUGCAGCUUGGAGUCAAUUACAUGGGUCACUUCUUACUCACAAACUUGCUUCUGGACGUCCUGAAAGCAUCUGCGCCAUCCAGAAUUGUAAAUCUGACUAGCGCUACUCAUCGAACAGGCCACAUAAAUAUGCAGGAUUUUAAUUCGGAGAAUGAUUACGAUGAUGGUAAAGCGUACAGUCAAAGUAAAUUAGCUAUAAUACUUUUCACUCGGGAAUUGGCGAGCAGAUUGAAAGGAACCAAUAUUACCGUGAACGCUGUCCAUCCCGGUAUAGUUGAUACAAACAUAAUUCGGCACAUGUUUGUAUACAACAACUUCUUUACACGAAUACUCCUGAAACCAUUUGUUUGGCCAUUUAUUAAAGCACCUUGGCAUGGAGCUCAAUCUGUUUUGUACGCAGCAUUAGAUCCUAGUCUUACAAAUGAUUCCGGAUGUUAUUUAGUCAAUUGCAAAUCUGCGGAAGCAUCAGAGGAAGCAAAGGAUGAUGAUAUAGCAAAAUGGUUAUGGAAAGUCAGUGAAAAGUGGACAAAAUUAAAUGUUACAUAA